AUGAAAAGCCAUGAACAAGAUGAUGUUCAGAAAAACCAAGAGCUCCCCAUGGAUGUGGACACGUACACACCAGAAUUACCUGACCUUGUUGUCAACCAAAUCCUCCUCCUCCUCCCCACCAAGCUCGCUGUCCGGGCCAGCACUCUCUCCCGGCAAUGGCAACGCCUGUGGUCUUCGCUCCCGGUCUUGAAUUUCGAUGAGGAUCUGCAGCUCUACGAUUCUCAGUAUGGCACUGACAGGGCAAUGUUCCGGAAGUACUUGCUUAGCUGUUUGAAGCACCGCGAGAAGGACCAAGAAGAACAUGACUUGGACACAUUCAGGCUUAGCAUGAGGUACUCUGGAGGUGCCAGUAUGAUAGAUAAGUGGCUGAGUUUUGCUGUUGAGAGAAACGUUAAAGAGUUGGAGAUCAUCCUUAUAAGAAAGUAUGGGGACAGAAGCAAACACUACUUCUUGCCGCAAACGAUCCUCAACGCACAAUCUUUAACCACUCUGAGAUUAAAUAAUGUGAAAUUAAAAGACUACCCUAUGCCUAUAAGCCUUCCUAGUUUGAAAAAUAUGGUCCUCAAGAACAUGGAUUUGGGUAACGUGGGAUUUGUCCACUUAAUUUCUGGCUGCCCUUCCCUUGAGGACUUGUCGUUAACUUCGUGUGGGUUAAGGUUAUGCAAAGUUUUGAGUUCAAGCCUCAAAUCCUUGCAAAUUGCUAGGUGCCGAAAAGUGAGAAUUGAAGUUGAAGCUGUGAAUCUUGAAUCUUUUAGAUUCUGGGGUGAUUCUUAUACUGAAAUGUACAUGCACAGCAGCCUCAAUAUCGCGUCGUGUCGAUCGUUUAGACAUCUGGAGUUUUUCGAUACAUGCUUUGGAGGCCGAUGGUUUCAUGACGACCUCAGUUCAAGAUUUCCCCUGCUUGAGAGUUUGGUGUUGUAUAAAUGCAGCAACUUUUGGUCAGAUAGCAUCCACAUCAAUAAUCAGACUCUGAAACGCCUUGCGUUUUGUGGACGCAACGGUUUUACUGUGAAAGUCAAUAUCAAUACUCCAAAUCUAGCUGCUUUUGAGUUUAGUACUGGUUAUUUGCCGAGUCAUCAGUUAAAUGUUCUGUUCUCCAACUUUUCUCUGAAUGCUCCAAAUUUGUUGAAGGCCGACGUCAACUUCAACUUGGAAGACAGAUAUGGCAAAGAAGAAAAUAUCUUCGAAGACAUAGAUUUUCCUGCGUUAAUAAACUUUCUCAGACAUUUUGAUUCCUCUGGAAGUUUAAGCCUAACCCUUAAUGAAGCUGAGGCUCUUAUCUUUCCAGCUGAAAGGAGAAAUACAUGUUCUCCACCACUACCUAGUCUCAGGCAUCUUUGGGUAGCAGUAGAUCCUUUAAAGAAGGUGAAAGAUGAUGUCUCUUCAAAGAAGGUGAAAGAUGAUGUCUCUUCAAAGAAGGUGAAAGAUGAUGUCUCUUCCAAGAAGGUGAAAGAUGAUGUCUUGAGCUUGAGGGAUUCUUUGCAAUGGAUGGCACCAAGAGGGUACAUUAACAUGUUGAUGGAAGAAGACAAGACAGUUAAAUCAUAUUAA